CAGCCCAUUCUUCCCUAACGCUUUCAUGGUCUUUUGGCUGAAGGAUUAUACCGAUUAGUUUCGGGAUAUUAAUUACAAACUGGAAGAGCAUAUAUACCGAUCACUAUAGUUUUCCUCGUUGUUAAUGGUUGCGUUCAAUUAAAUGAAACGAGGGAACUCUCUAAGACCAUGGUUUAUUCACAGAGCCGUCAGAACUGGCUCAGUGUCAACAUGGAGUCGUGUGAAGAAGAGCGUGGUCUACUAUAUCGAUAAAGCCGAAUACCCCGUGGACUAACACUGGUAUUCCAGCUCUCAUAUGAUCCUAACCCGUCUUUUCUAAAGAAUGCUGGCGUGGUACACGUGUUCUGGGAAGCUGGUGUAGGAUUACAAUAAACCGUCCCCACGCUCAGCGUGCAGCGUUCGUGCACAUAGGCCUACUGUAUUCAUUUCAGCCAGCGAGUCGGUCGACAUCACGUCUGCAACAACGCCAUUUCCUUCCUUGUACAGACGCGUUUCAACACACAACCGGUUUUUUUGUCUGGUUUUGGUUGUGGUUCAGUGGAGGUUUUGGGACAUGUAUUUCAACCGUUAAGUCUGGGCAAGAGUUCAAGAUACACGUCACGUGUGUUCGUGGCGUUUUCUUUCCUCACACUGGAAUUCUUCCAAAGCUGAAUUCAGCAAACUACCGGUGUUCUGUGGAGGGCGAGUUUUAUCUCGACGUGUCUCGAAAAGAUACGGGUCUCUUGGUGGAGUGCGGUCAUAAAGUGACCGUAAACGUCUAUUAUUACAGGGUUGACGUAACACGCGGAGACGUACCAACGAAUGCCCAGGGCCGGGCUGGCCGGCUGUGCUGAGUGCGGCGGGAAACGCUAACGGAACGGCCUUGAUCUUUGUACCGGACUAUCAAGCUGUGUGCCACGUCUGCAACGGUUUCUUCAGGGCAAAAAAAAAACGUUUCUCUGUAUUCGGCGCCAUUGUUCAGAUGCCUUUUUGACUGUGGUAGUUUCAAGUUGAGAAGCAUGGACAUCGCAGUAUAUGGAUCCAAGAAAAUGCUGAGCCCAAGACAACGCCGGGGAAGCUACUACAAGAAGAAGGGCCGGCAGGGCCGGCGGACCAAGCUGACCGGGGGGCUCCUCCGGGCCAUCUCCGAAAUCCUGGCUGAGAUGGACAUCCUGAGCAUCUCCCACCUCAGCCAGGAGUUGCUGAAUAGAGGACACAGCCUGUCGCGGUCCACCGUCUUCAGGGCUAUGGAGACGCUGGGGCUUAGGGUUGACCGGGACAGGAAGGUAUGGUGCGCUGGUCCGGUUGGGACCGAGGCUGGUGAACUGCGGUGGACGGCUAAACACAGCAACGGGGACGACGCAAACUCUACCACGCCAGCCCUGACACGAAAUAAUUCCGUUCAUGCUGACGCGGGCUUUCUUCCUGGAAGAGCAGAAGACAGUCCACCGCUUUUGUUAAACGACAUAAGUUAUUCACAGCAAACGGAAUACCGCGAUCCGAAGUUACAAUGCACUGCUAACAGAGACUCAGUGGAAGCUGAAAACACCGCGAAUGGCCUGUACACUCCAACAAACAACGAUAACACUGGCGUGACCCGAGGUGCGACAAGAGGGAACAUGAAACAGGAAAUCAACGACCAGAACCCUGCCUCUGAAGAAUUCGAACUGACUCAGUCCACUGGGGGUCAAGAAACCCUUUGUCUUGCAGACAGAUGGACAGACACGGUUCGAGACGGAGUAAGACGAGUGAGUAUGACGUCACUUGUGUCCGCGCAGAGGAGGGGAAGGAAACGGAAAUCGGAUUGUCCAGCUAAAUUUGGUUCACCCCGCAACUUAAAGGUGGACUCGACAUCUUACUGGCCAUCAACGGCUUCACCAUCAAGACAAGCUACAAGAACCUUUGAGGCUGCAGAACUAUAUUCAUCAAAGACUGAAGACGAUCAGUGGAUACCCUCCAAAAGCUCUGUCAAAGCCAAACAAGCAUCCACCUCUUCAAGUGGGGUCUAUGGACGCGAGGCUCCUGAACUUGUGACAGAGCAAAUUUUACAUCUUCAGGAGAACCAGCCUAGAAGGAACCUGAUCACAGAGAAGCGUCCGGCUGGUUUCCAAGGUCGAGCUGAACCUUCGCUGCUGUCCAAGACAACCUUGAGGCACUCUUCCUCAAAGGACAGUUUGAUCUUAGAGCCAGAAGCCUUUCAAGACGAAACCAUGGACACGGACAGGGCAAACCCAAUAAACGGAACCAGCGGUUACCGGGAGGAGCUGGUUGGCUGUCAAGAAUGGAAAGACAAAUUGAUGCUUUGUAGCAGAGAAUUAAUGGAUAGCACUUCGAAAAAAGACAAUGUGCACAGUUCAAGUACCUUUACCUUUCGGCGAGGCUACAGGUCUAAACACUGCCAAGAAACACGUGAUUCGCUGGAAGAGGAUCUCCUGCUUGGAGAAUCUGCACCACAAAGACAACAACUUCAAAAGUCAGGCUCUCAACAAUUACCUGUAUCGAAUACAGACACACAGAAGGAACUAAUGCACAAAGAUGCAGGGCAUCAAAUGCAGGGGCAAGCUGUUGCGGCAAAUUGCAGACUGAAUCGAGCUUCUAACGAGCAGCCUGUGAAGACAUAUGACAGCAGAUGGUCUGGUGCAGAGGUAAAUCGUCAGCGUCACUCUGACCAGUACCUGGGUAGGCCAUCACGGAAAGCAAGUCAGUUCCUCCCGGGCGAUCAAAUUCAGAAUAAAACAAGGGCCAAUUUAACCAUCCCAAGUUUUCAAAAUAUUCCCACGGAGCAGAAAACGUCCAGAGAAAAUGAUCCUCAGACGGCAAGGCUGCACGCACUAACUUCGAGCCUGGCUGCUAAGACAUCAUCAGUUCUGGGAAUCGAGAUAGGACGAAGAGGGAGGGAACAGUUGGAUAAACUAACCUCUGAUUCAGCUUCCAACAAUCUCAUCAGUGACUUAAGUGCAGGCAAGAAUAAAGAGACAAGUUUUCAAACUAACAAAGAACCAUUAGUAAAGCCAAGAGGCCUAGGACAGAAAGCUGUAUCAAAAUCAUCUCUACCAUCAGCCAAUGGCCAUGGUACAUACUCUCCUUCCCCUCAAGAUGAGUGCAUCCAGUCGCAACACAACACCAAUGGUGGAGGUAGUGCUCCUGCUUCAUCAUCAGUCACGCAGUGCUUUUCCAUGUUUCUGCCUGAGCUUCAAUCCUGGAUGCAAUUUGUCUCCGACAAGCUAGCAUCCAUGGAAGACCAGCUCCAAUACCUCACAGAGAUCAUCACUCAACCCGCUGAGAAGACAGAAGAGGCAGAGCCCGGGACAGUCUCUGCUGAGUCUGAUGCCAUCGAUAGUCUCAAAGAGGAGGAGGAGGAAGAAGAGGAAGAGGAAGAAGGCAGGGAUGAGAAGGUGGAGGAGGCAGGUGAAGAGGAUCCUGGGCAAAGUGAGAGCGAAAAAGAACCCGAGGGCCAGACAUGGGAGACAACCUUGCCUCCCAUUAACACACCAGAGAGCAACGAUAUGAUCAAGAAGAUCAUGAGUGAUGAACGCUGGAAUACUUUCAGCCCCUAUGUUGGCGGACCAAGGCUGGCUAUCAGGCUUGCAAGGGACUGUAUCUUUGGCUCGGAAGUCUUGUCCAAGUCGACAGUGACAGGACGGAAUGGAAUGAAUCCUCUCCAGCGAGAUGGUAUCAAGAAGAUUAAAGAGUGCCUGAUGAAGAUGUACGGCCCAAAAUGCAGUGGCGUAGAGUGUGAGAUACUGUGGAAGAUGGCACGGGAGAGUCUAUCCCAACUGUGCAAGCGCACACGGCGUCAGUUUGCAGCAGAAGCAAGUAACCAAGACGUAGAUGAUCCAGAUUAUACACCAUGAGGGGUAGGUAUUUGCAACAUAACAACUUUGAAGGGGGCUCUGUGGUCUUCUCACAUGUUAAGUGAGUAUGCUCCUCAGAUGGCCUAUGUGUACUAGUGUAACAUACUUCACGUGGUUAAUGUGCUUGAGCCAAACACGUAACCCCGAACAAUUCAAGCAUUGUAUAUAUUAUGCCACUGAUAUUUCUGAUAAACGAUGCAAAAUAAAUUCUCAAGAGAUCAAAUUCAGGAAUGCAUAUACAGGUAUAUGUUUUGUGAAUAGCGUUUGCCUUCUGCCAGUGCUUGUAUUUAAAAAAAAGGUCAGAAAAUGACUCUUAAUUUCCCUAUUUUGUCAGUAUUUUUAAUUUUGCUUUUGAUAGCCACCAUGUGCUUGGGGACCAAGAUUGCAAAAAUGAAAGACAUUUCAUACACCAAUUCACUCUAUAUACACACAAUAUAUUAGUGCAGUGGUUAAAUAAUCAUCAAGUCUACAAAAGGUUGAAAGCAGUGGGAUCCUUAAUGCUUCGUGAUGAAAUUAAGUCUACAAAUAAUGCAGAAUAAGUGAUGCUCAUGGUACAGUAACACCAGUGGAUUACCAAUUGCAAAAAAUCCCACUGACACAAAAUGUUUCAUUUAAACUUAGUAAUGUAGACCAGACAAACAGAAACAUGUAUAUACAUGUAGUCAGGUACCCCCACCAUGACUGUGUGAUGCCUUGCCUGUUCAUCCCUCAAAUGUGAACCAAUGUUCUCUCUCGUGGUAAAGGUUACAUUCAUCUGUAAUUGUGGGUGAUACACCGUAUAUCUGCAGAAAUCUAGAUGCGGCCAGGGGACCGGGGAUUUCAUAGGAGUGGUAGUAGCCAAUCA